GCCGGUCACAGUCACUCGACUGUGCAUACUACUAUUGACUGCAGUGCUGCCUUACCGUCCACCAAUCGCUCAACCGACGCGUGUAUAUAAUCUAUCUGCUGAAUGCCUGAAAGCCUUCGAGCCAUCUCACCCCUAGUCAACUUGCUGUAUUUGUUACAGCUGAUCAGCCUUGACAAAACUAAAACAAAGCACUUGACUCGGAGUUAUUGCAACAUCAUCUGUGACAAGCGCAAGUCAUUAUCAAACAGAGACAAGGGGUUUGUCUGACUCUCCUGUCUUGGUUGCAUUGCAUUCCUCGGACAUCCCUUUUCUGCAUUUACAACUCUCCACUCGUCUUUCUCAGAGGACAUUCGUUCCUGCCAUGGCUUCACCAGCUUCGGAAUCGGAGCAGAAGGAAGCUUAUCAGUAUUGGGGCUACUUGUUCAAGCAUGAUCGCACAGGCACUGACACCCUGAAGAAUCUCCUCCGAGGAAUUCACAAAACUAUUAUCACGACCUUCGAAGCUUCCGAGUCACCAGACAUCACACCUUCCCAGAUCGCCCACUUCUACCGUUCUGUAAACGGCAACUACGACCCGCUCUUCCUCUCGACUCCUCCCUCAACCAUCGCCUUCAUCUACAAGAACCUCGGCUGCCUCCACAGUCUCCAACCCCUCCCAAACCUCUCCGACCGCUACGCCGACCCCGUGGUGCCCGCUCUCAAAGUCGAAGGCUGGAUAAUGUGGCAGACGGUCCAACUCCUCCUCGGCCCAGACGAGCACUCCGAGUUCCUACGCCUCGCAGUUCAAAAAUGGGAUAUCAAGAACCCUGACACUGGAGAGCUGUUUCCGAAGAUCUUGCCGAGGAAUUGCUUCCCUCCUCAUCCGGAUGCGACUAUGGUGGAGUGGUAUGAGGGUAUGAGCAGUCGCUUGCGCAAGGAAGCAGAAGAGCAGGAGAGGAUACGUGUCCAGCCUAUAGAGGAGAGACCGGAUACACCGAAUACUGUCAAGCAUCACCGCAAGGUCAGCAGGUACUCGGACAGCGCUCUCACCGAUGACGAGUCGCCGCCUGACCAUAGGAACUUUGCAAUUGCUUAUUUCAGAGAUCCUUUGUUCAGGGCCAUCGAUGGCAGACCUGCUGUCGUGAGGAACGGCAGUCGUCGUAGACCCCCUCUCAGUCCUCGUGACUCGUUUGUCCACAGAGGCAAGACCGUGGCUGCCACUUUUGGCAACGUCAUCAAGAAUGUAGGAAGCCCACAUCUAUGGGACGGCCAUGCCGCGCUCAAGGACAAGGAAAAGGAAAAGGAAAAGGAGAAGGAAAAAGAUCGCGACUAUCGCCGUCGCAAGUCAUUGCCGGACAAACACCAUUACCAAGACCUGGAUGAUGAAGACGCUCGUCCAAAAGUGUAUAGUCGAAGGGGUUCGGCUCAAGACACACCGCCGGAACAUUAUCACCAUCAUCACCAUGAACCGAGUAGUCUACGCCCUAGUCCUACCCACCAUGAGCCUCCACGCCACCGCCGUCCUCAUCCAAGUGCGAGAGAGUACUUCCCCCCCGUUGACGAUGAAGUCGACAUGCGUCGCUCAGCUUCAGCAACACAUCUCCAUCCCCGCAGUACUUCUCCCCAGAAAUAUCCUUCUGGCUUCAUGCCCAGUGUGUCUCCACUCUUCGCUACACAUAUAGCCCGGGAAGGCCAGAGAACUUCUUCUCGCUCAAGACCGAAUUCUGCAAGGAGUCCGGAGAGACCGGAAGGCCAGAGACAGAGUGCAGAGGGGAGUGGAAGUGAAGUGGGCAGUCAAAGAGGAGGUAACAGAACAAGACCGAGAGUCGCAAGAUUCCAGGAUCCUGUUGUGGUAGGUACUGGUGUUAGUGGUGCGAGGGUCUCUUCAACAGAAAGUGGGUAUAGAUGAGGCUUUUUUGUAACAGGGAGAUUUUCAAAUCACAGACAUCGAGCAAAGACUUUUCUACCUCAUUUCUCAUCUGUGCUCGUGGCUGAACCGUAGUGCUUACAAGGGCAGACUGGCGGCGAUCAGUCGAUGGCGAGAACUCUUGCAAGUGCAUUAGACACGCGACAAGGACUCGAAG